GACAAAAGGUGAAGGUUUAACACGGGAAGUUAGAGAACGCGAUAACGAAAUCAAGUAUCCCCGCCCACUGUUCAAAAGAAAACGGAAAGCCACGGAAGAGAUAGCAGGACCAUUGGGCAUCUUAAAGAUGCCAUUAUAA